UAAGGGCUGGAAGGGAAUCUCCCCAGUGUGUCAUCCCCAGGGUGGGGCUCCUGACUAAGCAGAGAUGUUUGCCAGCUGCCCUCCGUCUGUGGCAUCUGCAAGGCAAUGUUCCCACGCUUCUUCUACAAUGUUUCCACUCAUAAAUGUGAGCCGUUCAUCUACGGCGGCUGUGGGGGCAACAAGAACAAUUUUGAAUCCGAAGACGAGUGUCACAGAACCUGCAGAUUAACCAAAGGUUUCUGCCAGGUGCCUCCAGGCCAUCGUAAAUGCAGCAACGAGUCCUCCAUCCGGGUCUUCUACAACUCCCAGGCGGGCGUGUGUGAAAAGUUUGUCCAUCAAGGCUGCGAAGGCGACAGAAACAACUUUGCAACACAGCUAGAAUGCCUGCAGGCCUGUGCCAGCCGUGAUAUCUGCCAACUGCCGAGUGAUUCUGGGUUUGGCGAUGCCUUUCAGUCCCGCUUCUUCUACAACACCGUCUCCAAGGCGUGCGAGAGUUUCCUGUACAAAAGCAGCAGAGGAAACGCCAACAACUUUUGGGAUGAGGACACCUGCACCCAGUUCUGUGCCCCACGAGGAUCAGGAAGGCGCUGUCCAAAGCCCCCUAAAAUUGGCGCCUGUAUUAUGCAAUGCUACUCAGAUGCCAGCUGUGCGAAAGGCUACCUCUGCUGCCCCACUGGCUGUGGCUUUGCCUGCCGAAGAGGAGUUGAGGAGGAGCGCUGAUCCGCCCCCAGGAAGAAGGUCCGGCUCUGGGGAUGGCCGUUCUUGGAUCCAUCCCAAAGUGAAGACCUAGCUAUGCUGAAAACCUCCCUCCCCUUCCUCCUCCUCCCUCCCUCCC